AUGGCUGCACGCAAGGAACGCAGCAUUGCAAAGGACACAAUUUUCGGUUUUGUUGUUGACUAUGAUGAAGUAAAUCCAUCACAAUACAAUCCACCGGCUGCUGGCUAUUUACACAAACCACCUUACCGUUCAAAAAGAGAUGCAGUAUCCUCUACAGAUUAUAAUACUACCCCAGCUACAGAAUACAAAAAAGAAGAAGAAUAUAAACAACCAGCUAGUGAAUAUGCUUCUCCUGGAUAUUCUCCUGCUACAAACUACCAAAAUUAUUAUAAUUAUGAGAAAACUCCAAAUAAUCCUCGCUGUGUUUGUUGUUCUCCUAGAGUUUACAGUGUUCAUCGAGACUAUGGAAAGAAAAAAUCUUAUGGAUAUGGCAGUGGAGAGGCAAAGAAGAAAUAUGGAGGAAAUGAAUACAAAAAAGGUGGGGAAUAUGGAAAUGAGGAAUAUGGAGGGGCAAAACAAGGAUAUGAAGCACCAAAAUAUGAAGCACCUAAAGGAUAUGAAGCACCGAAGUAUGAAGCACCUAAAGGAGGAUAUGAAGGCGGAUAUGAGGCACCUAAAGGAUAUGAAGCUCCAAAAGGGGGAUAUGAGGCACCGAAAUAUGAAGCACCUAAAGGAGGAUAUGAGGCACCACAAUAUGGAGGUUAUGAAGGACCGCAGUAUGGCCCACCACAGGGAGAAUAUGGGGCACAAGGAGGCUAUGAAGGAGGUUAUGAACAGAAAGGCUACGGACCAGAAAAAUACAACAACAAAUAUGAAGAGCCAGCAAAACCAUAUGAACAACCACCCCCAAAUUAUGAACAACCACAAGGCUAUCAACAAUAUGGAGAAAAACAAGAAUACUAUCAAGAAAAACCAAAACAUCGCUAUGGGGACAAAUAUGGCAGCAGUUAUCAAUAUGGACGGGGAUAUAAUCAAGAAAAUAAAGAAUAUAAUAAAAAGUUGUGA